UUAUCUUGAAGGCAGCAACGUCUGCGACUGCCACGAACCAAAGAUUCCUUGGUUUCCACAGAUGGUAUCACAGUUGGUGCCAAUUAUUAAUAUUGCUGCACAAUGGAAUCUGUGAUAACGUGUACUGACGGUUAUUGAUUGCUGUGAUGCUCUGGGCCUCUGUGCCCAUGUUUACAUUGCACUGUCUGGAUCCCGUAAAUUGUAAAUGAACUGCGAAAGUAGUUGGACGCACAAAACACCUGUUCCUUUUAUGCUGGAAAUUCGUGUUUCAUUGUGAAAUGUUAGGACACUACAACUCCGAGUUUUGACAUCCUGAACAGUCCAAGCUAUUGUGUGCAAACAGAACAGAGUUGGGAUUUUAUGAGCGGAUUUUGUCAACGUAAAUCAUUGUGCUUGUUGAUAGCAGAUAGUUCUUUGGGAUAAAUGCAGCUGUUCAACUGUUUCCAUGACUUGACAGUGUCCAUCGAAAAGGUUCAGAUGUGUUUGGCGAUAAAGGCAAAGACAAACAUAAUGGUAAUAAUCUAAACUGAUUUUCGGAGGACUGCUCCACGGCAUCAAAACUCUACACUGCUAAGUUCUACAUUACCAUCUGUGCAAUCAUGCUGCUCUUCACAAUCUGUAAUUUGGUGAUUGGUGUUGUGUCUAUCGAGUCAGCCAGACACUCCACUGGUGAAUUCCGCCUCUACAAUGACAUCAUCUGGAACAACAACCCAUACGAGAGGCCCGUCUACAACAAAUCCGAAACUAUAACAGUUGAAUUUGACUUUCAUCUACACACAGUGAGCCGAUACACUGAGUCUCAACAACAGCUCCUAUGCACAGGGUGGUUUGAUGUGUCGUGGUCUGAUCAGUUUCUCACCUGGAAUUCUGAGAUGUAUGACGGAGUUGAGUUUAUCAGACCCCCAGAUAGCUACGUGUGGAAACCUGAUCUUGUUGUGUCCAAUUCCUUCCAACAACUAAACCACAUUGGAGGAGAUUUCGUGCCUUUGAAAGUAUCCUCUUAUGGACACGUGCAGUGGAUGACAGGAGACUUAUUCUACCUGCAUUGUGAAACGGACGUUCUAAUGUAUCCAUUUGAUAGCCUGAAGUGUUCCAUGGAGAUUGUCGUCUGGUCAUAUUCGACGUCAGAAGUUGACCUGAAAGUCCGCCAGUCAGUAGCUGGAACAUCUAGUUCAAACAUAGGCGGUCAGUGGAGGCUAAAACCAACAUCAAUCACAGCCAAGGAAAAGACCUUUGACAACAAGCCAAUAUCACAUGUGCUUAUUACGCUUAUACUGGACAGACGCCCUGUGCAUUUUGUCUUCAACUUCAUCCUCCCUGUGUUGAUCCUGUCCGUCCUGGGGACAUUUGUGUUUCUCAUUCCUGCAGAUUCAGGAGAAAAAAUAUCCUUUGCCAUAACGAUUCCUCUGUCAUAUGGGGUCUACAUGGGCUUUCUCACAGACAUGAUACCCCAGAGCUCCCAGGGUAUAUCGCCCUUCAUCAUCAUCCUUGGACUCACACUAACAAUGUCUGCAGUAUUUGUCAUCGUCAGCAUCGUCAGUGUCCGGUUCUGUGGACAGAGUGAAUCGAAACCCAUUCGUAAAACAUUACAAAGAUUCACAAUUUGGGUCGAAAAGGUCGAUGCAUUUGGCCGGUUUGGAAACCGUCACAAACCUGCAAUUGAGGAAUCUGGACAGUUACAAGAGCUUCAGGCGAAGACUACUCAGCCCGUCACAUGGAAACGAGUGAGCAAAGCACUGGAUUUGUUUUUCUUCUGGUUGUUGUGUAUCCCUUCACUUGUGGGAAUUCCAAUAACACUGAUAUACAUCGGCUUGAACUUGGGCUUCUAGUUAAUGAAUCAUUGAUGGCGUGUGUUUAAAGCUAUUACAUGUUAUUUCUCGUAUAGAUCAGUUCGAGUAGUAAAUAUGUCUUUGCUUCUGAAUGUAUUCUCUCGUAAGGAGAGUGUCAAACAGUGUUAUAUAUGACGUGGAUCCUUUCAAAUUUUACCAAUUAGUGACCACAAUGAUGUCUGAAGCAAUUCCCUAUUUAAACAUGAACUAGAAGUUUCUGUGUUUAUUCAGGUGAACACUUGACUUGCCUUUACGCGUGUUUGUGAUGUGAGCAACAGGUGGGACAGGAUAUGGUCACAUUUUCGCGAUCACCUGAUGUCAUCUAUUUGAUAGCGAUUCACAAAUGAUGAAGUCAGAAUCGUGCAAUGGACAUAUAUUUAUAGAAGUAAUUAGAGGAGUCUAUGACAAUAUGAGUUGCUUUUAAUGUGAUUCUUUCAUGUGAAUAA